UGUACGGAAGCUUAACAGCCGAACCAAAUUCGGCUCGUUGAACCGACGGGCCUGUCACCUACAUAACAUCAACCUUGACAUCACCACAUCAAAUAAUUGCGGCAUCAUGAAUUGGAUCCCAACGCUCAGAUAGCCAAGCAGGCUUUAUCCUGCUCGAAAACAAGUUUAUCGUGUACAAGAAACGGUCAUUACCAGCGGUGGGUCUCUACCCUGAGCUACUUACCGGAAUGGAGAGGCGUUUGUACGUUUGAACUUAUCGAAAAUCCCGAGGUCCUCGUUUCUAAUCAAACGAGGCGAACGGCUGUCGCGGCAUCGCGUCAAACUGCUAGAAGGAACAAAGUGCCAUAAUUUAAAGGCUUCUGCCCAUUUCGCCUUCCCCAUCUUUGUUCUCUCUAUCCAUGAUGCCGCCACUCCGAACCAAGGCAUGGUCGUUGGUAGUGGUCUUGGCAGCAGCACUUGUACCCAGAGGUGCCUUUGCGCAGACGUCCGAUGUAACAUGCCUGUCUUCCUUUGGUUGGAUGAACAACAGCCUCGGGCAGGAUCCUUGCGUUGUUGCUUCCUACCUCUGGAGCGUCUGUGCACCUAUGAACUUCGUUCCUUUAUCUCCCGGCUGGGUUUACGCAGGUCCCUCGGCCGCUUCAGCAAACUCUUGCAUAUGCAAUACGGUAACCUACUCGAUGAUAGGCGCUUGCAGCGUCUGUCAGAACGCCUCGUAUGAGUCCUGGUCUACCUGGAGCUCCAGCUGCUCCCAGAUAUCCAUUCGAGAAUACCCGGACGACAUUCCCGCUCGCACCAAGGUUCCGAAUUGGGCAUAUUUGAACGUCACCGGCAGUGGGUUCGACCCCAACGCAGCUCAAAAUAAUGGAGACCUCCCGGAAUCUACCGCAACCAAUGUACAAUCUACUACCACAGUCACUUAUUCGACUACUUUGUCUGCUUCUUUGACUAGCGUGUCUGUUUCUUUGACCAGUUCUUCGGGCGGAGCCACAGGAUCUUCGACGACAUUAGCAUCUGAUUCGACAAGUUCCAAUGCUGGAGCUAUAGCUGGGGGUGUUGUUGGUGGAAUUGUGGGAGCUGGAGCCAUCAUUGGCCUUGCGACAUGGUACUUCGUCAAACGCCGUCGCUCCUCCACAACGCCAUCAACCGCCUUCAACGACAUAGGCGGAGGUCCGGGCCACACUCAAAGUUUUUACUCCAUCAACACUACUACAUUCCCAAUGGCGCGGCAAUCACGUCUCUAUGACCCCUCUGACCCGACCACUUUCCCAGAUCGUCCUCACUCCUUCGCUGGCCCUGUCGCCUCAUCUAGCAACAUAGACCUAACCCCGUCGAUACCCUCACCCGUCUUUUCCCAACAGUCGCGUCUUGGACAGUACCCUAGCAUUCCACAGGUCUAGAGUUUGGGCUUAUCUUACUUUAUGUCACUUACCUUCUGGUAAACGAAAAUCAGAAUGUUGCUCUCUGGACUUGUUGGAUUUUCUUUAAACCGAAUUCAGAGUGCAGUCAAGUUAACAGG